CAUCCUCGACUAGCCAGCGGAAGAACGGAGACAACGAAAACGAGAGAAGCCAAACCAAGGAAACACGGAGACUACAAAACCAGUGGAGCUAGGACUGCUCUUCCUCCUUUGCUGAAAAACAAUUUUAUCAUUUAUCUUGACCUUGAAUCCAUACAUAACGUGUAAUACUUCUUCCAGUUAAAUAGAGAACCUAAUUUGUACCCUUUGUCUCAAUAGCUAGGGUUUCUGAUAAUGGCCGCCCGAACGCUUUCCAUAUUACCAAGUUCGACACCCUCUUCACAAUUCGAUUAUGGAAAACCUAGCCAGUAUUCUCUGUCUUUCCCUUUGAAUCUCAAAAAAGACGUGUUGGUGAAUUCUUUACUUGGCAACCCGCUAUCGCUUCGUUCCUCGCUUUUGAGACCUCUCUUUCGGAAGCCUCCAGCGGCCGUUGCGACAGUUUUGUUUAGUCUUCCGACUGGGAAACCAGAGAGAGCUUCGUGUGAGAAGAUUCCCAAAUGGUCAGCAAGGGCGAUAAAAUCUUUUGCAAUGGCAGAAUUGGAAGCCAGGAAACUUAAGUACCCAAACACUGGGACUGAAGCUCUUCUCAUGGGGAUCUUGGUUGAAGGAACCAGUGAAGCUGCAAAAUUUUUGCGGGCAAACGGAAUUACACUUUUCAAGGUGCGAGAAGAAACUGUAAAUUUACUUGGAAAAUCUGACAUGUACUUCUUCAGUCCUGAGCACCCUCCACUCACUGAACCAGCGCAAAGGGCCCUUGAUUGGGCAGUAGAUGAGAAAAUGAAAUCAGAUGAAAGCAGUGAAAUAACCACAACCCAUUUACUCCUUGGCAUAUGGUCUGAAAAAGAAUCAGCAGGUCACAAGAUAAUGGCUGCUCUUGGUUUUGAUGAUGAAAAAGCUAAAGAGAUCGCUAAGUCAAUGGACAAAGAUGUCAUUUUGACUUAUCGGUAGAGAAGUAAAAAGGUUCUAGACUUGUUGCCCCAAAGCUUCUUUGCAGGACUACUCAGAAAGAGCACCAGCUGCUUUGUGGUAUGGUUUGGUAUGAAGAAAAUUGUUCUGCAUGGACUGCAUACAAGUAUUUUGAUUUGUUAAGGCACUCCAAAGUGCUUUUGUAACCAUCAUUCAAUUCUAGAAUUCUUGUCAGAAGGAAUUUUGAUGGAACGAAUUCAAUUUCCUCAA